UUGCAGUUUUUCAUAGUGCCAUUGAAGUGAGUCAUCUCUCGGAAGUGUGGUCAAUCGGAACAUAGGAAGGGGAAAAAAAAAAAGUUCCGCGAAAGAGCUCAGGUGAAGGAAAAUCUCGAGAAUAGACGGAGGUUUUUCUGAGUCACAGAAAGUGUCCCACCUGAGGAUCUACCCCGGCCAACACCUGUCCAGACACUGGAUAUUCACCAUUAAUCCACAUUCAAGGGAUUCCUGUGCCUUUUUCUUUUUUGGAGGAAGAAGCUGCAGAGCUCCGACAGUCUCCUGAGACCUUCCUCCCUCCUGGAUCAUGUACCAGGACUACUCCGGGAGCUACGACACCUCGUCCCGCGGCAGCAGCACCUCACCGGCCCAGCCAGAGUCCUUCACCAGCGGCAGCAGCACCAUCGGCAGCCCGGUCUCUACCUCAGCCUACCAGAAGUUCAGGGUCGACAUGCCCGGCUCCAACAGUGCCUUCAUCCCCACCAUCAAUGCAAUCACGACAAGCCAAGACCUUCAGUGGAUGGUGCAGCCGACCGUCAUCACCUCCAUGUCCAACCCGUACUCGCGCUCGCACCCGUACAGCCAUCACCUGGCCAACGGGCCGGGAUUGCUGGGGCACAACUCGCUGGCUCGUCCCGGGGUCAUCCGCUCCAUCGGGGACGCAAGAGGGCGCCGCAAAAGAGACGAGCAGCUCACCCCGGAGGAAGAGGAGAAGCGGAGGGUGAGGCGUGAGAGGAACAAGCUGGCCGCCGCCAAAUGCCGCAACCGCAGACGAGAGCUCACCGAGAUGCUCCAAGGGGAGACGGAGAAGCUGGAAGAAGAAAAAGCCGACCUCCAGAAGGAGAUCGAGACCCUGCAGAAGGAGAAGGACAAGCUGGAGUUCAUGUUGGUCGCCCACAAUCCCGUCUGCAAGCUGCCCAGCGACGACCACCACCACCACCACCAGCAGCAGCAACACCAGCAGUGCGCCCCGCUCCCGCUCACCAUGCGCUCCACCAUGGCGCAGCGCAGCCACCUGAACCACGUGGUGGUGAAGCAGGAACCGGAGGACGCGGAGGACGACAUGAGCAAAGCGCCACGCUCCGUCAUCAAGCCCAUCUGCCUGGGAGGGGGCGCCGUUUACUGCACAGACGGAGACAGCUUGAACACGCCGGUGGUGGCGGCGUCCACGCCAGCCGCCACCCCAAACGCCCCAGGCCUCAUAUUCACCUACCCGAAUAUGCUGGAGCCCGACAGCCCCUCGCCCUCCUCCGAGUCCUGCUCCAAGGCGCACCGGCGCAGCAGCAGCAGCGGGGACCAAUCAUCAGACUCCCUCAACUCGCCCACCCUGCUCGCCCUCUGAGUUGGACGCUGACCCCGAAACGACCUCCACCCCAAGAAGCACAUUAUAAGUCCAGAGCAGACUGAGCGCGCAGGGAGACCACAAGGGCUAAGCCAUGUCUCUCUCUGGUCCGGGGACUUUGCUGCUGCUUUACUUUCAUUUGCCAACCUUAACUUAUCGCAAGAAGGUUUUGUGAUUGCUUCGGUGGUUGCGAAGCAUUAUGGGACUCGUGGUGGGGUUUUUUUGUUGUUUUUUUUUUUUAAUUUGCUUGUAGGCAUCGCGCGAAAGCCUUCGCCUGUCAGCAUCCAGGCUUGCCAAAAACUUCGAAGCACACUUUGCAAUCUUGGCGCUAGAAGUAGGAUUAACCUGAUAAUUAUGCUGUUUUAAAACUUACAUGACGACAGAUUUGGAGGAUAUAUUUUCUCAUACGGAUGAAAGUAAAAUGGCUGCAGAGAACUCGGACCUCGUUGUCAUUUUUUUGUGGCCCCGCCCCCUGAGAGCACCAUUUCAAUCCUGAUGACCGGACCCUUAUUUUCAUCAUGACACAAUUGUGUUCUUAAUAUAUACAAAUAUAUUUUUGGAAUGAACUCAAAGCCAUGUGGCAGAUACUUGCACUCCGCCGAGACGAAUCAAUAAACCGCCACACGAGGUGGAGCGGGUUCAAGACCAGCCCGGACCUCGAUCAGGAGCACCGACGAGAGCGCGAACACAUUUCCGUCUCUGACUGCACCCCUGACCUGCCUGUAGAAAAGUGGACGGAGACCCAGCAUUCUCAGUGUUGCGAAGGAUACGAGCCAGACCAGACUCUGCCCUCUUCGGCUUCGACUCCAGUUGUGUUGGUGUGUGCUUCUCCUCAGUGAUUUUGCUCCUGAACUUUACAAUCUGUUUAUUACAGUGUUUGUGAUUUGAAUCGAUGUCAGGGAUAUCUCUCUCUCUCGUGUGUCGUAGAGUCCUCAUUGUGACUAACUUCACCAAACAGGAGGCUGUUGAAUAGUCUGGCCGGAUUACGGAGGAAUAUUUGAGUUCUCAAGACGACAAAAGAACCUGCUGCUUGUUUUGCUCUUUGAUUCGUUUUAAAGUCUUUAUUUUUUUUAGACAAGUCUAAAAUAUUUUAACAUUAUUUACAAUUCGUUUUGAAAAAAAAAUCUCUAAUUUGAUUGAGUGAAAAAAAUAUUGUAAAUUAUUUUAUUGAAAGCACUAUGAACAUUUAAUGUCAUAAGAAGUGUGAUUUUCAGACCUUCAUAUUUUUUAUUUCUUCAAGUUAAAAGGAAAAAAUCUUUUUUUUGUGAAUUUUUCCCCUGAAUUUUCUAAUUUGUAUUUUGUUUCUUUUAAGUCUUGAAUUGACUCCAUCUUUUUCCUCCUGGUGCUCCAGGCGGGUUUUCUUUCAAGACAGCAUCUUUGUCUUUUCUUAGCUGGAAUUUGGAAACGCUCCCGUGAUGGAGACUGUCGACAGCUGCCAACCAUGUCAACCCUGUUUAUACUGUGUUUGUAAAUCUGUCACUUUUCGUAAAAAAAAAGAGAUGAAAACGAUAUUCAAACUCAGCUUAGAUGUGCUAAACAAUGGCUGUGUGACGCCACGAGUGAGUGGAGGACUCACCAGUGUUUUCGUCGCAACGAAGGGAAACACGGCCGCGCAGCUGGUCUGAGACGAUUCCUGAAGCAAUUCUUUCUUAGGAUUUUUACAUGUUUAUCUAAAAGGGACGCGGGGUUUCAGUACAAUGCACUGAGAUGGAAACACUUUUAUAUUUGCUUCAAACAUUCCUAAAGUUUGGGGGCGGGAGGGUUCACACCGGAGACACACUGCUGCUGCUGGAAAGAGCAAGUCAGGGCGGUGUUGCUUUACAUGUGGAAAUAAUGACCAAAAACUUUAUUUUUCUGUUUCCAAUCAAUGACUGAGGGCGAGAUUUUGUUUCUUGGGGAGGAUUUCUCCGUGCCCGUCGUCACACAUAGGAAAGCCAUUGACUGUAGAUCUUCUACUGUACAUGUCGCCUACUGUCCGUCACCUGUUUCCAACUCCGACCACUUAUUUUUCCAAAUGCUUUAACUGUUGAAAAUGAUUGAAAAUGAAUAAAAAACAGCAAUAUGUAUAGCAGUGUUUGUUAAUUUAAAUGAGAUGAUAUGAAUAAUAAAAUUCAA